CUAUUUCCUCACCUCAUUCACGCUCCAUCCUGAGGACACACACUUGCUCAGUCUCUGCUCUCACUCUGCUGGCUGAACAGCACCGCUGCGUCUCUCUCUCUCUCUCUCUCUCUCUCUGACUCUCUGACUCUCUCUCUGACUCUCUGACUCUAAUCCUGUGAUUGAGUCACAGCCCCAACAGGUAGAAGGAGAACGAUCAUCACUUCUACAGCUGAGCAGAAGUCUGUAAACUUCUUGACAGAUAACCCUUAAGACUAUCUCCAGCUCUCAAUUUGAGGACGGGACCACUUCUCCCUCAGUAGUGCACACUCGUUAGGGUCCCUCGGCAGGAUGGGGGAGGUGUUUGUGGUGGACAGUCAGGCGACCGCGGAUAUUGUGCCCCCUAAACACUGGAUUAAGGGCACUUGUGUUGUGUACGUGCUGCUGGGCCUGGCGCUGUUCGGUGUGAUGGUGGAAGGGGUCCUCAUUUACCAGCUGUACCAGCGCAUUCCCAAACAGACGUCUCCAGAGAUGAGUCAGAUGUCCAAGCUGACUGGAGGAAACAAAACCCAGGAUGAUGGCUAUUCUACAGAAACCUCAGCACCCCAGCAGGUCCUGAAGACUGAGAGCAAGCCAGCUGCAUUCCUGCAUCAUCAAAAUCAUUCUGUGAGUUCCGAUAUGACGGUGUUGCAGUGGGACGCCAGAGGCUUCCCUGCAUUUCAGCACAGCUUUAAUUACAGCAAUGGCAGCCUGAUCAUCCAUAAGGAAGGCUUCUACUACCUGUUCUCCAAGGUGACCUUCAGAAGCAGCUGCCACAUGUUCAGACAUGAGGUCAAGCUGAACUCCUCACGUUACAACCACCAUCCCAUCAGCCUCAUGAUUGACAACAGGUACGGCGUAGAACAGAGGCCUCACGCUGAUAAGAAGAACCAGUUUAGCAGCUACCUGGGUGGCGUGAUGCAUCUGUUCAAGACGGACAUGGUGUUUGUUUCAAUCAGCGAUCACAGCUGCUUGAUAGAAGAAACACAAGAAACUUUCUUCGGUGGUUUCAUGAUCUAGAACUAUAAACACACCAGCAGACACUUCAUGCACACAUUUAUGAAGUGCGCACACAGUUCUUGCUGGGUUGUUUGUUAGUUUUUUCCUAAAUUAACUUAGAAUAUAUAAAUUACAAUGUGUGUUCAAAUUAAAGCAAGACUUUUGAUUGUGCAGUAUAACAGAAAAGUUAUUUCUCUAUAUAAUCCCCUGCUACACUAAUGCACUUAUCCCAGUGCUUCACUAGUGCUUGGACACCAUCAAGGUGGGAAGUUUUUUUAGUCCAGCGAAGCCAUCAUCAGACUGCCUAUUUCACAUCUGAAUCACCGGCCUCCCGGGAAUUCCCUGUGGAAAUGACUAUAACUGUAAUGUGCAAGUGAAUGAUCGUGUGUCCAGUUCCCACAGAGAGAGGCAUCUCUUCCGCAAGUCAACAAGAAGUUAUUCAUGGAUUUUCAUGGGUCAGACAGUCUACACACUGAAUGUUCAUGGAAAUGACUGCUGUGGGUUCCGAGCCACCUCGGCCGGGAUCAUUGUUCACGGACAUUCAGGAAAUGUUCUAUAAAUGUCAAUGGUAUUUACGUCUUCAUUCACUAGAAAUUUCAUCAAAAGUCCUGGUUUGACUUGAACGCCCCUUGUAUUUUAAUAGUUGAUGGCCUGACAGUAUUUAUUUUAAACACAACCGGAGUGGACGGCUCAUGCCAUCAUGCGUCCUUUAGUGUACCUUAGCUAAGUGGACAUCGAUUAUCGGCUCUGUGAUUUGCUUUGAGAUACAAGCUGCUAAACUUAACCUCAAACUGACGACAGAGCUGGAACAGAUCGGGAAUGCUGGAUCAAAUGUUACUUUAUGAUUGAUACUAAUUAUUUAUUUCUGGACUUUUGUUCCUGCAAAGACCUUUUCCAUUAGUAGAUGAGAGAGUUCUAAAACCCCAAGAAGAGCUGAAUGAUAUCUGCUCCAUGAUGCCCCUAUGUGGUGUUGCGCUCCACUGGUGGAUGGUGGUAGAGGGUUAUUAAUAGGUAUUUAUUUAUAUAAAACGUGUACUGUAUUUAAGGGAGUUUUUUUUUCUUUUAAAAAGUUUUUUUGAUUUAUGACAUUUAUUGUUAACACAUGAAUUGUAACAAUUAAAGUUUUGUAUACAUGUAAAA